ACUUGUGAGCUUUAUCUAUCAAUGCACUAGACCAAAGAAAUCUAGGAACCAAAGGAAAAGCAAUCAACAGUACUGUCAUCAAUGGCCGGGGAGAAAGGAGUUCUGCUGUUGGAUUUCUGGGUGAGUCCUUUUGGGCAAAGAGUGAGGAUAGCUUUGGCGGAGAAAGGGGUGGAUUAUGAAUUCAAGGAACAGGAUCUGAUAAACAAGAGUGAGCACUUGCUGAAAUCCAACCCUGUUUAUAAGAAGAUCCCGGUGUUGUUACACGAGGGCAAAUCCAUUUGCGAGUCGCUCAUCAUUGUUCAGUAUAUUGAUGAGGUUUGGUCCAAUAAAGCUCCGUUGCUCCCUGCCGAGCCUUUGGCACGUGCCAACGCUCGUUUUUGGGCUGAUUUCAUCGACAAUAAGGUUUAUGAGUGUGGAACUAGAUUGUGGAAAUUAAACGGAGAGGAACAAGAGGCAGCCAAGCAGGAGUUCAUAGAGAUCUUUAAAUUAUUGGAGGGUGAGCUUGGUGACAAGAAGUUCUUUGGAGGUGAGACUUUUGGGUUCCUUGAUCUGGCUUUAACUCCUUUUGUUGCAUGGUUCUAUGCCUAUGAGACCUUUGCCAAGUUCAGCAUGGAGGAGGAAUGUCCUAAGAUUGUGGCAUGGGGCAAUAGGUGCAUGGAAAGGGAGAGUGUAUCCAAGACUCUUUCUGACCCUAAUAAAAUUUAUGAGUUUAUUCUCUUUUUGAAGAAGAAAUUUGGGGCGGAAUAUUAAUAGAUGCUUUCUAAUACUAACGCUUUUUAUUGUUAGUCUCUGUUUUUGGGAUGUGAUGUUAUAAUGAUAUUGUGAGAUGAUUAGUGUUUGUUUAGGAUGCUUAGUUUCAGAAUGAAUAAUCGGCUGGGUUUGGUUAGUGGUGAUUGGAGCUGGCAAUUCAUGUUGCUUCUCAUCCAUUUCUAUGAUGUAUGUUUUGUUUUAUUUUGUUUAUAAUGAGAAUAAAGUUUUAGUUAUUUUA